AUGAGCAAGGAAACAACUUUAAAGUUUGAACAGCCAGCUCAGCCUAGCAAGCUGUUUCAAACCUAUUUAAAGAAUCUGAAGGCAUAUGAAUCCCAGCUUGAUAAGAACGAAGAUCAGAAAAUGUUGGAUCAAAAAUGGCUUCGUGAUGAAUGGCUUGAACAAAGUGCUAUCAAAUUGAAGGCGAGAGCAAUGAAGAAUGAGCAAAAACAGUUGGUUCAUGAAAUGAAAAUGGUUGCAAAAGCAAACCUCUUGGUGCGUAGGAGAGCUCUGGCUUUGCGAUUAGAAACAGAUCGACAAAUGUAUGAAAAAGAACUGGCAAGCUUGGGGAAAGCUUUCCAUAAGGAGCGUUUGUAA